AUGAUAGACGGCCAAGUGAAAUCUGUAACUUCAGCGACAGGAUACUUUUCUGUUAAUAUAGUAGGAGAGGUUUCUCGUGUUGUAUUGAACUUGCGUAAUGAUAGAUCUGGCCAACUCUUAGAUACAACAAGAGUGAUAGAUAUUUCAUAUGGUACAACGACCUCCAUUGAUAUUCACGUUCCACUAAAACCGGCACCAAAACCUUUCAACACACGUAUCGGUUUUGAUAUACCCCUCGGAACGAAGAAUGGAAACUCAGCAACUACGACGUUAUCCAUUGCAGAAGAUAGUGUUGUUGAUGGAAAUGGCAAUGCUUUUGAAGGGACAGCUAAUGCACGAGUUCAUUACGUUGAUCCACGGAAUUUGGAAGAUCUUGAUGAGAUGUACGGAGAGCUAAGAUUUACAGACGAAGAGGGAGAGUCUAUUGACUUAGAAACAUUUGGUAUGCUUCAGUUAUCCGUAGAAGACAAUUCUGGAACACCUUUAUAUGUCAAUGGAAAAAUCAAAAUUUCGCUUGAUCCAGCACCUUUUAAUUUGUCAAACGAAGGUGCAAAUCUGCAUUUGUAUAGCUUAGACGUAAACACAGGAAAGUGGGUUGAUCAAGGUCUAAUGGCGUACAAUUCUUCCAGUGGUUCAAAUCGUAAACGAAGGUCAACUGGAGGAAAUCUAGAGGGUAUUGUCAUAGAUGCUAUUCCAGUUAUAAAACAAACAGAGGAAGUUGAUAAAAUUAUUCAAGUAAGCAAUACCAGAUUAGUAUCUUCUAUCAAUAUAAACAAAGAUAGACCUCGAAUAUAUCGUAUUAUAACUGAAUAUGGGACUGUUGUUACUCGUGAGGAUGUCACAUUACAAGAUGCUUGCUUUGUAAGAGUGAAGGCGUACACUGACUUUACAUUUCGCAAUGUAGCUAGUGGUGUUCGAAUUACAGCAGCGACAAGAACUAAAAAUGGUGGGCCGUUUAGGGGACAAAUGUCAAUGUUUACGAACAUUAAUGAUAAUAAUGGGACUUUAUGCAUGCCAAUAUUUUGUAGCUCUGAUAUAUACCUCAUGGCAGAAAAAAAUGGCAAAUAUUACGCUUCAGACAAUCAUAUUUUACCCCCCGUAGCUGAGUCAGUCAACAUUGCAAACGGAACACAAGUCAAACUAAAUUCAGAUCAUGUCAACGAAGAAGGACCAGUUUUCCUUUAUCAAAGACGACGACAAUGCGAAGAUGACACAUUUUCUAGCUUUGUGUUUCAGUUUGCCCCUCUCUUGAAGGAAGGUGAACGUAAGUCAUUGUCUAAAGAUAACGUACAUAAUCAAAUAAAUUCCUGGUAUACCGAACCUCCAACUAGUGCCUUCAGACGAACAUGUUUCAUGAAAGUGAAGGUAGUGUCCAAUGAACAUACUCUCCAGGCAAUAGGAGUCAGUAAGAUGGAAUAUGUUAGCAAUAUACCCUUUUUUGGAACUUUUCAAGCACCAAUUAUAUGGGAUGAAACUACAAAUAAUAGGAGAGAAAAAGCUGCUUGCAUAGAAUUUCGAUGUCCUGGAAGACUCAUUGAUGGCACCAACGUAAUCAAUAACAUAGCCACACUUCUGAGGGUACAGAUUCUGAGUCAAGAAGGUCACGUUUGCAAUAUUACAAACGUGGCAAGUGGACUUAAUAUUACUCGUAUUCCAAGCGUACUUGGUGAAGGUUUUGAGUUUCGGGCAGACCCAAACGACAAUUACGGCGCAGGAAUGGGUGUAUUCAUCCGAACGUUUCCAUUUGAAACUGCAAGAGCUACAUGUCGCACUGGCUUAGACUCGCCUAAUAUUAGCCCAAUUAUGAAGCCCAAUUCAAAUCCAGCAGUCGAAUUUGAAUGCUUUAUCUAACAAAGAUUUACAAUCAUUGCUUUUAUGAUUUUCUUUCAUA